AUGCCUCUCUCCGGACACUGCCUCUGCAAAGCCGUCACCUACAAGGUCGACGAUGAGCCUCUCGUUGUUGGCUACGACCACUGCGACGACUGUCAGCGCCAGAGCGGUUCCACCUACUCUCUCGUUGCUGUUGUCAAGAAGGACAAGCUCACCAUCAACGGCCCCGUCAAGACCUACUCCGGCACCAAGGGAUCUUCUGGCAACAUUGUCCACCGUCUUUUCUGCUCCGAGUGCGGUUCUCCCAUUGCCCACGACCCCGAUGCCGCCCCUGAGAUCAUCGCUCUGAAGGCUGGUACCCUUGACACCGAGAUCAAGAAGAACCUCAAGCCUGAUACCGAGAUCUGGACCGUUGGAAAGCUGCCUUUCUGCCAGGAGCACCUCGCCAAGCCCUUCAAGCACAUGCCUGAGUAA